AUGUCAAGACAAGUAGAGACCCCCGUGGCCAAAUAUGGCAAAAGUAGUGAUUUCGGGAAAGUGUUGGAUUUCAUUCAAUCCAUGAUAAGCAACGAAACCCUUCGACAAGCCUUUGACAUUCCGCAUUUAGUCGUGGUAGGUCGGCAAAACAUGGCGAAGACAACCCUGAUAAACCGCCUGAUCGGGCGAUAUCUUCUGCCCAUGCGAAGGGAUGAAACAGCCAACACCCUUCAGGCGCGGACCACGUGCCCCAUCAUACUGAACCUGCGCAAUGGACUGGAAACAGCUGUAGAAGUAAAGUGUGAUGCAUACCCUGAUAUUGGAGGAAGAGUAGAAAAACCCACGGAUGAUGUGGUGGAGAAAUUCCUUACAGAAUUCUCUACCUAUCUUCUUAAAGAAGAGGGGACUCUUAUAUCCAAGACCCCAGUUAAAGUGACCCUUCAAGGUAAUAUAUUUGAUCCAAAAGUAACUAAAAGUUAAGUUGCGUACAUUUACUCUACUGGAAAUACGGUGCUGUAGUGAUCUCCUCGGUUCACGUUUAUCGCAAGUGCUCCGUUAAUAGAAUUUAAAUUAUGUUUUCCAGAAACGAAGAAAGAAAGCGCAGUGAACUAAAAAAUAGGAAGAACGAGGAGGAAUAGAGUAAGAGAAGAGAAAUGGGUAUGGUCUGAACCGCUUAGUUUUCAAAAAUCUGCUUGCAGUUGAUUUCAUAUUUGGCUGCAAAAAGUCUCAGUUACAAAACUUAGUGCCACCGUUGUUGUGCCAUCCUAGUUGUUUGUGAAAGGCCUUUAGUGUGGCCCAGAUCUGAAAUAACCUUUUUAAUCUGUCUGCGCCAGGUCCCGACCUCACGACCCUGACUUUGGUUGAUCUUCCCGGCGUCCAUUUCGCCAACAAUGAUCCUCGAAUGAACCACGCGACACAAUCUCUUGUGUUAGACUACAUUGAGAAGAACACAAAGAGCAUCAUAGUGAUAGUGUCCGAGGUAGGGGACCUCACAGGAGACAAUGCUAUUAAUCUGGUCAUGGAAAAAGCUGCAGACUUUAGGAGCCGCACUAUCUGUGUACUUACCAAACCGGAUAGGCUGAGAGAUUCCGAUGACAUGGGCCUCAAAGUAGCCUUGAAUCAGUCAAGUUUUACCCUGGAGGAAAACCGCUUUAUUUUGUUGAGAGGUAAGCAUAAGAUCAUGUUACGUUGUUGGUUGUUCAUGUUUUUUGUUUCUUUGUGGGGGGGGGAGGUGGUUGUUGUUGUUGUUUUUCUUUUUUAUGCNUGAACCGCUUAGUUUUCAAAAAUCUGCUUGCAGUUGAUUUCAUAUUUGGCUGCAAAAAGUCUCAGUUACAAAACUUAGUGCCACCGUUGUUGUGCCAUCCUAGUUGUUUGUGAAAGGCCUUUAGUGUGGCCCAGAUCUGAAAUAACCUUUUUAAUCUGUCUGCGCCAGGUCCCGACCUCACGACCCUGACUUUGGUUGAUCUUCCCGGCGUCCAUUUCGCCAACAAUGAUCCUCGAAUGAACCACGCGACACAAUCUCUUGUGUUAGACUACAUUGAGAAGAACACAAAGAGCAUCAUAGUGAUAGUGUCCGAGGUAGGGGACCUCACAGGAGACAAUGCUAUUAAUCUGGUCAUGGAAAAAGCUGCAGACUUUAGGAGCCGCACUAUCUGUGUACUUACCAAACCGGAUAGGCUGAGAGAUUCCGAUGACAUGGGCCUCAAAGUAGCCUUGAAUCAGUCAAGUUUUACCCUGGAGGAAAACCGCUUUAUUUUGUUGAGAGGUAAGCAUAAGAUCAUGUUACGUUGUUGGUUGUUCAUGUUUUUUGUUUCUUUGUGGGGGGGGGAGGUGGUUGUUGUUGUUGUUUUUCUUUUUUAUGCAAAAAGGGAACAGAAUACCCUACGAGUAGCUUCCGGCCGGGCACUCCUCGCAGGGUAGGGAAAUGAUUUACAUAUACUACUUGGAAGCUAACUGAAGAAGUAGCAGUUUUUUAAAUAAUUUAAAGUAUAAUUUCUGUUUAUUGUAAAGGUCUCCAGUUAGUAUCAACUCAGUGAGCGCGGCAACUUUCAUUCUCUGGAACGACCCCUUUCAGCUACCUGGUUAUUUAAAAACACAUCCCUAAAGAUCCAAACUUAUCGUAAAAAAAUGUCAGUCAUUUUUUAUCUAAAUUGUUGACUGACAACGAGAUUUUCGUGGGCUUUGUGCAAGGAUCUUAAUAGGGUUAACCGUACACUUGACAAAAGUCGACCUCACGGGUUUCUUAGCGAGCGGAACGAUCUUUUUAGGCGGCCGAGGGAGGGACGAAGUCGUGAGAGGUCCCGCGCCAUAUGAAAUCAGACAAAGGACUUUUUUGAAAGUCUAGGUUAACCGUUACGGGCCGUAAGACAGAUAUUUGAGGUAAAAAUGAAAGUUUGUAACCGUUAGUCGUAAAAAAGUUGACGGUGAAAAUGUUUUCUAGCCCCAUUUUUUCAUGAUGCUCGUGCAUGGCUUAUUCACCCUAUUCAGUUCGGUCGCACUUUUUUUCUAUCCCAGGGGAAACUGGGGGCCUAUUUCUCGAAAGGUCCGAUAAUGAACGGGCCCGGGAAGCUGUUGUUGUUUACAUGCAAGAUCGAGGUUUCAAUGGUUAUGCAGAUAAUAUGAUAAAACUAUCGGUUAACGCGAUACAAAUUGAAAUGGUUUGUUUGCAAGCACCUUUUGGAAUAUUUGAUUUCGGGCCCAAAAAGUUACCGGGAUCUUCGAGAAACGGAUCCCUGGAAAACUCCUUGGAAGCUAUAAAACCGAUGGAAAAUUUUAAACUUUUUUCACAAACAAUUGAGCUUUCUUCGUCAAAUAUCUACGGAACCCACCGCGGAGAAUAAAUCGUUUAUAGCCGCAGAAAAGGGCAAAAUAUUUACUGUAAAUGCCUUCCCCCAAUUGAGAACUUCCUGUGUGGGUGCAUUAAAGAGGUUUCACUGUAUAUUGAAAUUAGAGUGUUAUUUUUUUCAUAUAACCCGUUGUCUGCUUGAAACUGAAGUUUUUCUUAUGACAAUUAUUGUGAAACGAUUGGGAACAGGAAAAGAUGCAACCGACGCGAAUGAGAAAGACUGGGAUGCAAAAACGACUCGUUUAAAGGAGAGAGAGUGGUUCGAGGGUCAUCCCCAGUACAAAGGCAUCCUUCAUUUGUGCGGUAUUGACCGACUCAUGGACACUAUGAUCUCACUUCUGGCCGAGAAAAUGGGCAGUGGGAUUCCAAUUUUAGUGAACCAAAUGGAAGAGAGAAAGAAGAAGGUAAGGAAACAAAAAUAGAUCUCUGUCGAUUAUAUUCAGUUCCACAACAAGAAACAGUUUAACCUGUUAACAACAUACGUCACCGUUUGCGAUAGGACAUUAGGUACUGAAAAAUUGAUGAGUCUGCAAAUUUUAUGCAAAUAAGGCUCUGGGUUAAGUCUUGAGAUCGCAAGGGCCUUCCCCUACAUCUACCUCAUUUCACAAUGAAUAUCGAAUAUAUAGGACUGAAAUUUUCUGAGAAAGCCAAUUGUGCGAUAUCCUUUCCUUUUCAGAAGUAACUUUUUAGUUGUAACUCACUACUUACAAAUAAGGUUCAACUGCAAAAAUCACCUGCUUUGCAAAGAAAGUUUAAAUCCCUCUUCAAGCGCUUUUAUUUCAUACAGGGCCGAGUUGUUCAAAGCUGGGUUAAGAUAACCCAGGGUUAGUGCGAAAUUUGAAUUCAUAUUUGAAAGCUUAAAAAGCUUUUCAGUUUUAAUUCUUUUUGCUACAAGUUGAUGAUUGGAAGCUCUAAAAUUAACAGAGAAAAUUAUCCGAGAAAAUGCUUUUGAACACAAGAAAAAGAAACCAGGGUUAAAUUUAACCCUGGGUUAAGCACUAAUCGGCCUUUGAACAACUGGGCCCAGAUCUAUUUUUGGUUUGUAGGUAGAUUCUGAACUGCAAAAGCUGUCCGAAAGCGAAGUUCCAGAGUCCAGUAAUGAAAAAAGGAGGCUUGAGAUGAAAGUUAAACAUAAUCUUGUCACCCAGCUGAGGGACCUUCUCCAUAAAAACAGGUCUAAAAUUCGAGGAGGAGAACAAGUGAGAGCUUUGUUCAAUGAAUUCCACAAUGAUGUUUACAAGGUUAGUGAAAAAGAUAUUUUAUGAUAUUAAGUGGACAUAACGGGUUGUUUUCCGUAUAUUUAGGCAGCUUUUCUUUUCUGCCAGAAUGAUCUCCACUAUAUUUUUUUCGGUCAUCAAAAGGUCUCCAUUAAAUUGGGGUCUUCAGCAAACGUAGUGCUUGGGAAUUUUUGGAUCUUUUUAUAACUUUUUAAAAUAAAGAAAUACUGAAUAAUGCUUGAAAUAAUCGAAAAGGGGACGUUUUAAGUUUUGAAUGAGACUUUCAUCAACAUUCAGUUUGAAGUGAAUUAUAAUACUUCUCGUAGACAAAGGUCAGUUAGUCCCCCAUCACACCAAGGGGCCUCAGUCGUGAAUCCGUUAGCGGACUUACUCAGGUUUUUUCAACAUGACAGUUUACCCUUUUCUUCCUUUUAUUCUCAACUCAUACUCUUUUCCAAAAUGGUAGCCAGAUGCCGUCUUAAGGCCACCUUUGAAGGACAUUGGAGCCCCAGUAGGCGAAUCCUCGUUUACAUUUUUUGCCUCAUUAACAUUUGCUUAUUAUUAACUGAUGAAGCUAAUAAAAUAACAUCUCUGACUAUUGAAAGAGCAUAAUAAUUUCAGUGACCUCUAUAAAUUUGAGCCGGAUAUACCCAAUAGUUUCGGAGAAAUUCUCUUUGAAAAAUCCCAAUUAUGUAAGAGCUCAUUAACCAUUUUUGCCACUCAGCAAUUUCGCAGUUUUUGAGUGCUGCUAUUUCCUCAGGGGCACCCAACGUCAAUUUUCGGAAAAUAUCUGUUCGGAAGACGAUUUGAGAUCUAGAAUUUUCGGAACAUUUGUUGUAAAAUUUCUUGCUUGCCUGCCUCUCCUAGGAUUUUCGAACAUCCAAAAAAUGGUAUAAUUGCCCAUUUUUAACGGAUUUUUACCCUAAAAAGAUCAGCUAGAAUUUUCGGGAGCUUUUUUUCUGGCUGAAAUUUUCGAAAAGGUAAGUUUUGAUCCCUAUAAUUUUCGGAUCACUAGACUUUCAGCUAGGAAAUCCGAACUGAUGAAAAAUUUUUAAGGGAUAAAAGUAUGCCUAUAUCUACCGUUUAAAUACUAAAAUACGUUUAACAAUGCUAUGUUUAAGUGAUUUUGAACUUUAUUCUCGUUGGGUGCCCCUGUUUCCUUUAUUAUUGAUUGCAAAGAGCUGACACUUGUACAAACUGCUCAAAUUGACCAGCUCUUUCAACUUUUGAACCUAACUGGUAUACACGACGACGUCGUCUAUGGGUUACCUCGCUAAUGAGCAAAAAUGUAAAAAAUGACGUCACUUUGAAUGAACGUCUCUUUAAUGAAGAUCUGAGUAUCACGAAUGAUGAUCCUCGUCUCAAGUACAUCUUUACAGCCAGUAAAAACCAUAACGGGAUGAAAAUGUCAUUUAGGGCGGACAUGCUCUGCCAAGAGAACAUAAAAGGCUUUUAUGUUCAGGCUUUUAUGUUCUCUUGGCUCUGCUAAUCCCUUCACUUCUAAACCUUUCUCUCUUCUAAGCCCUUCUCUGAAAGAUUAAUCUACCAAAGUAAGAAAUUUUUCCCUCGUUAAGCUGUGAGCCAAAUGUGGGCGGCAACUGAGACCGGCGAAUAUAACCGGUGCCCCCUGUUUAAGCGUACCCAAUGCACCCAACGUACCAGUUCCGAGGCAUUCCGUCAGAAAAAGAUAAUAAUUAUGAUCAAAGUUUCCGGUGGGGAUUUUUAAUUCCAAAAGAUCGGUAAAGCAGCAUAAUUACAGUAAGUAAAAAAUUGUUUUAAUAGGCGAUUUGCACGAUGGCGUCAUUUUACUACUACGACCAGAAUCCUUUUCGUUUUUCCUUUCACAUUCACAUUUGGUAAUCCCAGCGAGGUUUGAAUAACAAAAGCCUUAAUUUGCACAAGAAAGCAAACCCCUGAAGGAUUCUGGUCAUAGUAGUAAAAUGACGUCAUCAUACAAAUAGUCUUUUUCUCGUUGGAGUAUGCAUGGAGCUGACCCAAGAAAAGAGUACUUUAUUCUUGUCAGCCUUACACACGUUUUUCACAACAGCUCCAAUUCAAUCACCAACUUCGCCAAAUUAUUGGCGACUUAAAUAACUCAUGUAGGUACGUUCGGGCUUGCUGACCAUGAGGGUUGCAAACAAAACUCCCUGCUCUGUUGAACAUGAAAACAAGGCCUACAAAAUAUGCUUUACAACAAAUUUUACUGCGCUUUUCAGAAACAUGCGAACUCUAAAGUUCAAAAGCCGCCUUCACAAUUACGUUUUUCGCUGCCGUCAAUCAUAAUUACGAUCGCAACGAACCUUGAAACACAGAAACACACAAAACGGAUGGAAAUCCACCAAUGACAAAUCACAAACCAUGACCUUUUGAACCCGUUGAAGUAAAAUUUUGUGUCCUAAGAGUUCGUUAAGAUGAUUAAUGGCAGUGAAAAGCGCAAUCGUCAGUUAGCUUUUGCACUUCAGAAUUCGCAUGUUUGUGAAAAGCGCAGUAAGAAACUUCUUCACAAAACUAAUCAUACUUGUUUCUUUGUCCUUUCAAAUUUGUCCAAUAUGUUAUCCGGAUAUUUUGUGUGUAACUAUUGUAUCGUGAGUUUAUAACAUAUUUGUUUGCAGAAGCUGUUCAGAUAAUCGAGGUUAAGAGUCCUGUUGAUCAACUGAUUCCAAUAACAGAAAAUCUUGUCAAAAACGUGGAGAAAACCUUACGAGAAAUAGUCCAGAGAGCGAUCAAUGAAAACUUUUCCAAGUUCCCUACCGCCUUGAAAGUGGUUGAAACGAACGUGGUGAACAAAAUUUUCAAAACCAAGCGAAAGCAGACGACUACAUUCAUCCAGCACUUUAUUGAGAUGCAGAAAAAGAGUAUUGACAGAGUCUUCGCUCCUGUCCCGUUUCCAGAUGAACUUAAAAUCUGGGAUUCAACGCUUUUGCAGAAUCGUAAACCACAUCCCUGUAUGGAGUCUCCAAUGAUGUUUCACUUGAAGUCACUGGCUGAGAAGCUUUAUCCAGAAGGAAUGAUCAAAGAUAUUGAACGCGGAAAUAACCAGGGAAACUUCAAGGUCAGUAGUAAAUCAAAAGACUACGACGAGUAAACUAACCCUGUGGCUUUUUGACGCUCUUUCCUCUUCAGGUCGUGUUGCUCAGGUCUUUUGUUUCAGAUCAUGAUUACGGACGAUAGCAUGACAUACUCUUUUUACGAUACUUAUACUUAAAUAUUUCCAGAUCUCCUAAGUUUGCGUCAAGUGACACGCGCUCAAUUUCCUCCAACUGCACGUCUGUCACCCCUAAUAAGUCCACGACCCCCUUUUUCUCUUGGACAAUUAUACCCAAUUUACCUCUUCAGAGGGUUGUAGCAUGCAAGUCAUGGAUGGGCAACAACUUCCUAGUCCUUCGAUCUAUAUUCUGCAAUUCCAUCUUGUUCCAACAACUCCAACUCCAUAUAGCAUCACUUUUCUCAGGUAUUAAUUGACAGCAUUGUGUUUCCUCUACUCAGCUUGCACUUCUGCCCAAUUUUUUUUGCUUUUUGCUUUUUGCUUUUUUGCUUCUAUGGAAAUGUUUAUUCGUUAGCUUGUCCUUUGUUCUAUAAAUCAUCAUACUCAAGAAACCCUAAGUACGGCCAUCCUCUUCUUUAGUGUUCACUCGGUCCUGCAUCAGCCAGAUCCACUCCUUCAAAUUCAAAUUUAACCCUCUCAGCCUUCCCUAUUUUCAAAGCCAGCACCCUUAAUUUGAUACAUAAUAAAUAUUAUCACCAUAAUAGCGUAAUGAAAUACAAACGUGUUUAAUUUAGUUGAGACAAAAUUUAAAGUUGUUUCUGGAAGAGGGCGUUGACAGCUUUUCUUUCUUAGGAUCUCGAGGAUAUGAAAAAAACAAAAAAGAAUGUUGUGCGUUACUUCAAUGAGAUCAAAAUGAACGUCUGCGAUACAGUCCCUCGCUGCAUUCUUCAUUUUUUCAUCACUCAAUUCGUGGAUGACUUUGAACACGCCUUGGAACAAGAAGACUUGGUCGAGUUCUUGAAAGAGAAGCAGGAAAUUCGAAACAGGCGUAUCCAACUUCGGGCCGAGUCCGCCGCUCUAGAGGAAGCGUUGCCACGCACUGACGACGUAUUGCAAAUGUUGCUACGCAUACAGGGUGGACCGGGUGAAAGUGAGAUGCCACAGUUUUAA